GGAGCUGCUAGAGAGGACAACAUGGAGGAAGUCACGACCAUGACGACCACGGAAGGCACCUUUUGCUUACAGCAGGUUACAAUAACUGAAAGUUCUGAAGAUGACUAUCAAUACGAAGAGAUUCCAGCAGAUGAAGAUUUUAGCCUACAGGAAGGCGAUGAAGAUCUGGCAAAAGCUUUACACACAAUGCAGGAACAGACUAUUGAUGCCCAAAUUAUGGCUCAACGGCCAGGCCAGAUCAUUAAACAAUCUUUGUCUGAAACACCUGAAAUUGUAGAUGACUUUCUUUGCAAUUUUUUAAUUAGAAUGGGAAUGAACAGGACAUUAGACUGCUUUCAGACUGAAUGGUAUGAAUUGAUGCAGAGAGGUAUGCUUGAACCUAAAGAUGUUGGAUUUGUUCCAGAUGCCUAUACUUCCAAUCAGCAUUUGGAGAGGGAAAACAUAUAUUUGAAGAAAGAAAUGGAGAACUAUAAAUUUGCAGCUAGUAAAGCUAAAGAUGCACUGCUAAAAAUGCAGAGAGAGCGUGACUUCCAUAGAAUGCAUCAUAAAAGAGUAGUCCAGGAAAAGAACAGACUCAUUAAUGACAUUAAAAGGCUAAAGACACACUAUGCAUUGUAUGAGCCUAUGUUAAGACAGCUGAAUGAAAAGUAUGAGAUUCUACUAAGAGAGAAAAUGCUUACAAGUUUGGAACGAGACAAAGCUGUUGGGCAGAUUACUGGCUUGCAAGCAACUUUACAAAGCUUGGAAUCUGGAAACAACAUUCACAUUCCUGUGAUGAAAGUGGGUCAUUGGUGUGAUAGAGAGGCUGGAUUAGAGGGACCGUCCCAAAGAGCACUUAGAGAAGCCAAGGAACAGAAAGUGCAUUCUGAUGUUAAGGCACAUGAUUCAGCCAAAGAUCCAGCAAAACAGAUGAGCAAGAAAUAUCCAGCGGAUUCAGAAUUUCCUGAAGGUAUCCAAGUAAAUCCAUACCUUGCUUGUGCAAAAAAAUGUGUGCGGCCAUUGAAGUCUGGAAUAUAUAGACUGAGCAACACAUUGAAAGUACAUGAUUUGGCAGUGACCUGCUUGGCUUUACAUCCAAGAAAAGACAUUGUUGUCACUGGAAGUGAUGAUCACUUAUGGAAAAUGUGGGCUUUUCCUAAUGGGAACAUUAUUGUGAAGGGUGAAGGUCACACAGAUUGGAUUUCUGGAUGCUGCUUCCAUCCAAGUGGAUCCAAACUUGUUACUUCAAGUGGAGACAAAACAGUUCGUGUAUGGGACUUCACAAAGGGUGGCUGCAUUCUAACACUAGAAGGUCAUAGUUAUGCAGUGUUGGAUUGUUCUUGGCAUUCAUGUGGUGAUUUUGUCGCAUCUGCCUCUAUGGAUGAAACAAGCAAAGUCUGGGACCUGAAGAGUGAACGAUGCAGGUAUACCUUGCGUGGCCACAAGGAUUCAGUAAACAGCAUUGAGUUCUUUCCUUUCUCCAAUAUUAUUCUCACCAGCUCUGCAGACAAGACUUUAUCUUUGUGGGAUGCCAGAAUGGGACUUUGUGCUCAAACAUUUUAUGGUCACUUGCAUUCCUGCAACCAUGCCACGUUCAACAUGAAGGGUGAUACAAUUGUUUCCUGUGAUUCUUAUGGUGUAUUGAAACUAUGGGAUGUUCGGAAGGGAGUCCCAAUGGUCUCCAUUGACGCUGGUCCUCACCCUGGCAAUCAGGUGGCUUUUGAUCCUUCUGGUCAUAUUGUGGCUUUUGCAAGCAAUGAUGGAACCGUUAAGAUGUUGGAACUGAAAUCGGGACAUCUUUCCAGCUUAUUGGGCCAUGAAGAUAAAGUUCAGAGUGUAAUAUUUGAUCAUAUGGCAGAACAUCUAAUUUCAGGUGGUUCUGAUGGCACUAUUCGUAUUUGGAAUUGAGACCCCUAUUUAGAGAAAACUCAUAACACUGAAACUGGCUUAUAAUGCCCUUAUCUGAAAUAAACAUCUGAAAUAAACAAUUAUAUUUUAUAUUAAGUAAAAUCUCUAUAUUUUACUUAAAUGGAAACAAUAUUUCAAACUUUAUUUCUCUUGUAUCUUUCUUCAUGGCUUUAAAUAUGUAUCAAAAUAUAUACAAUUUGCCAUUUUCCUGGAGAAAUAGCUUUAUAUUGACAUCUAAUGAUAGAAAACAUGAACUGCAGAAAACCCGUACCCCACCCCUUUUCAAAUUAUUAUAGUAAAAGCUACAACUGACUGUCUCAUUUUGUGAAAAUAA